AUGUGGGUCGGCGGCGCGGGCGUGGCCGCCGCGGCCUUCAUCGACUUGACCUUGGCAGGCGGCGCCUAUGGCAUGGGCUUCCCGGUGUUCAGCGCGCUGCUCGAGCUCUCAACCGAUGCCGUCCUCUUCGGCGCGCUCCUCGCCCUCGUCGUCCUCCUGCAGCUACUGCGCGCCGCCUUGCGAUUGGUCGUCACGGAUCUCGGAGUCGACAUGGGGAUGGGGAUCGACAAGAUACCUCGAGAGUCAAUGGGGAGCAUGCUGGGUGACACUGCUCUGAUCGGAUGGCUCGCGUCUCUAGCUUUCCUCCUGCUCAGCCUUGUUGGUUGUUUGGUGCUGAUCGCCCUGUCACCAGCCAAGGGAUCUCUGAUGCUGCUGUAUGACAAUAGUGGCACACCACUCAACGGACGAAAAUGGUGCUCCAAGGAGGGCAACUUCGGUGAAUGGUGGAGGAUCAAGAGGAGGCCACACAGAGUUUCUAUUGGUGGUGGUCUUUUCGACGACAUCUUGAAGAUGCAAUCGAUGGGAUGGCAUGCCUCUGGCAAGGUUAAGAGCACACGGCUGUGGCUACAGAUUGAAGCCAAGGCCAUCGGAGGCCAGCUCUCGGCCCCUGCACUCAAUUUCUCGGUGGAUUGUGUGAUGGCUAGGGCUGGCAUUGAUUACUUGCUGGUGGAGCUUCACUCCUAG